CAUUGCAUGAGUUUAUCAUAUCGAACUUUGCUUCAUUUGUCGAUGCUUAUCUUUACUUAGUACAUGUACACAUAUAUACAUCAGGCUGAAAAUUACACACUUUCAUAGUUAUCAUUUCUUAGACAGACUUGAAUUGAAUCAACUGGUGAUACAACAGUACUGUCAUGAAGACGGGGUUGGUUUUGCUGGUUUUUCUUUCAGGGGCACUGGUGUUCGCGGUGGCAGAGAACUUUGAGGUCACUGAACAGGAUUUGGCUACGGAUGAAAGGUUGUGGGAUUUGUACGAGAGGUGGAGGAGCCACCAUACAGUUUCCAGAGACUUGACAGAGAAGCAGAUACGUUUUAACGUGUUCAAGACGAAUGUGAAGCAUAUUCACAAAGUGAACCAGAUGAACAAGCCUUACAAACUGGAAGUUAACAAGUUUGCAGACAUGACAUAUCAUGAGUUUAGAAACUCUUAUGGUGGUUCUAAAGUGAAACACUUCAGAAGUCUCCGUGGUGAUCGUGCCAGGACUGGAUUUAUGCAUGAGAACACUAAACAUCUGCCAUCAUCUGUUGAUUGGAGGAAGCAUGGUGCAGUCACCCCUAUAAAAAAUCAAGGAAGAUGCGGUAGUUGCUGGGCAUUUUCAGCUAUAGUUGGAGUUGAGGGUAUAAAUAAAAUCAAGACAAAUCAAUUAGUCUCAUUAUCUGAGCAAGAGCUUGUCGAUUGUGAGUCUGAUAACCAGGGUUGCAAUGGAGGACUAAUGGAGAAUGCACUGGAGUUCAUCAAGCGAAGUGGUGGAGUCACAACUGAGAGAGUUUACCCGUACAGAGCAAGAGAUGAAAGGUGUGAUGCAACAAAGAUGAAUGCUCCAGUUGUUAAGAUUGAUGGGCAUGAGAAUGUACCUGAAAAUAACGAGUAUGCCUUAGCACAAGCUGUUGCAAAUCAGCCUGUAUCAGUUGCUAUCGACGCUGGUGGUUCAGAUAUGCAAUUUUACAGAGAGGGUGUAUACACUGGAGAAUGCGGAACUGAGCUAGAUCAUGGGGUGGCAGUUGUGGGCUACGGAGCAACUAAUGAUGGGACAAAGUACUGGAUAGUGAAGAACUCUUGGGGAACUGACUGGGGAGAAAGAGGUUACAUAAGGAUGGUUCGUGAUAUAAAUGCAGCGGAGGGAAUAUGUGGCAUAGCCAUGGAAGCAUCAUACCCUGUCAAGCUUACUGCAGAUAACCCGAAAGCUGUGCCUCAGAAGGACGAGCUCUGAGAUGUUACAAGACUGCAAUAAACAAAAGAUUAGAGACCCUUCCUGUUUGGUUUGAUUAUAUGUAUGUGGUGGUGGUCACAAAGUGCAGUCUUUAUCUAUGUUUCUAUGUAUAAGCUUGUUUUUCUUUCUGUGAAAUGAAAUAAAACAAACUUUGGUGUGUGUAUAA